CCCUGCUUUGAUUGCUGGGUGCCCAUAGUAAUUGGUUACCAGAAAGUACCAUCCUAUAGCUGUUAACACUGUUGGACUUUGGAGGAUGUUUUAUGAUACUAGAUGAGUUUCUUACAAAUUGAUAACUGUAAAAAAUGUUUUCUCAUAUCUCUGGCUAUAAGGAAAGCACAUCUGUGUCAUCUGGAAAGUGCAAGGGUUAAAUGCUAAUUGAUUUCCAAUGGCUUACUAUACACAUGGCGUAUGAGAUUUCUGGUCCAUUUCAAGCUGGUGGUUUUGUGUCUGGAGGAUUGUGAAAAAUAACUGUAAUAGUAUCUGCUCCUAUAGGGGCCAAGUGAACAGUAUUAAACCAUUCCUGAAGGAGCAGCUUCUGCAUAAUGAGUGACCAGGAUGGGGGGCCGUUCAUAAUAUGUACAAAAGAGGAGCCAGUAACCUGGAAUGUUAAUGUGGAUGCAGUUGAGCCUGACAAACCCCUCCCUCUUUUGCCGAGAAUGGUGCCUCUAGCGUGUCACAAGAGCCAGGAAGAAAGACUGAAGAAAAUCAAUGGAUUGUCGCCCACUGGACAUGGCUUUAACAUCCGAGCGGAUCAGCACUUGGAAUACCACCAUUUUUCUGAGCCGGGCUAUCUUGGCAAUGGCCCGCACUGCUCAAACAUAUGCAAUGCAAAUUAUGACAGCUAUGAUUAUUGUGAUGGGAGGGAAGUAUCAGAAAAAGAUGCUAUGCUGCAGGACAGUCGGACAUCUGGGGAUGAGGAUACUGAUGCCCUGGUGGAGGGUAGAAAAAAGUUGCCAAAAGAAUCUAUCUUUGCCAUGGCGCUUCAAAUACUUGUGCCAUUCUUGUUAGCAGGCUUUGGAACUGUGUCUGCUGGAAUGGUUCUGGACAUUGUACAGCAUUGGGACGUGUUUAAAAAUCUUACUGAAGUUUUUAUCUUGGUUCCUGCACUGCUUGGUCUUAAAGGAAACCUGGAAAUGACUCUCGCAUCUAGGCUCUCAACUGCAGUUAAUGUUGGCAAAAUGGAUUCCCCUAUUGAGAAGUGGAAUCUGAUUAUUGGAAAUCUGGCUUUAAAGCAGGUACAAGCAACAGUGGUUGGGUUUUUGGCUGCUGUUGCAGCAGUUAUUUUAGGCUGGAUUCCAGAGGGCAAAUACCGUCUGGACCAUGCAAUACUCCUCUGUUCUAGUAGUGUAGCGACUGCUUUCAUCGCAUCACUUCUUCAAGGUAUAAUCAUGGUAGGAGUAAUUGUUGGAUCAAAGAAAACCGGGAUAAACCCAGACAAUGUUGCCACUCCGAUUGCUGCUAGUUUUGGAGAUCUCAUCACCCUUGCUAUAUUGGCAUGGAUAAGUCAAGGUCUUUACACCUGCAUUGAUUCGUAUUCAUUUGCGUCACCACUGGUUGGUACUUUCUUUGUGGCUCUGACUCCAAUAUGGAUUGUAGUAGCAUCCAAGCACCCAGCGACAAGAAUUGUCCUGCAUUCUGGCUGGGAGCCAGUCAUUACUGCAAUGCUUAUUAGCAGUGUUGGCGGCCUUAUACUAGACACAACUGUUUCCGACCCAAACUUGGUUGGGAUUGUUGUCUACACACCAGUAAUAAAUGGUAUUGGUGGAAAUUUAGUAGCCAUUCAGGCCAGCAGGAUUUCUACCUAUCUUCACUUACACAGCAUUCCCGGAGAGCUGUCAGACGAUGCCAAGGGGUGUUACCAUCCUUGUAGGACCUUUUGUGGAGCAGGUCCAAAUAGGAAAUCGGCUCAAGUUCUCGUCUCUCUUGUCAUCCCUGGACACUUAAUUUUUUUAUACACCAUUUAUUUAAUGAAGAGUGGUCACACGUCUCUGACUCCCAUCUUCAUCGUGGUUUAUUUAUUGGCAGCUAUAUUACAGGUAUUUUCUCUGCUCUGUAUCGCAGACUGGAUGGUGCAUCACAUUUGGAGGAAGGGAAAGGACCCAGACAGUUUUUCUAUUCCAUACCUUACUGCUUUGGGGGACCUUUUAGGAACUGCUUUGCUUGCUGUUGGCUUCCAUAUUUUGUGGCUUAUUGGGGAUCGAGAUGGAGAUGUUGGAGACUAGCCAAGGUUUGAAGAUCCAGCCACCUCUACUUGAUACUCGGGUACAAUGAUUUCCACAGAAUCCAGCUAAACAAGAGCGGACAAUCGUAUUUUGUUCUAGGAUUUAAAACUGAACAUUUUCAAUUUUCUACAAAUUUCAAAUGAUCAAUAGUUGGCAAAUUCCCUUAUCAGUAGGUGCGUGGGUGAUUGUAUUCACUUUGCUAUAAGCACUUUACAUUUUAUGUAUGCAUGUUCUGUGGCUUUAUUUUUCAGUUUUAUUUCACCUACAGAGUAUUCCUAGGUGUUUAUCCUCUGGGUCCAGGUGGACAUCAUGUUGAUGUGCUAGCAAAGUUGUUAUGAUAAGGUACUUGCAUAUAUUUUACCUUAAAUUACAUGAUGACAGUAAUUUUAUGUUUUGAACUUUUCAUUCAGUAAUUUAUUACAUGUUUGUUCUUAUUGAGGGAAAAUUAUACAAUUUCUAUCUAUUUUAACAUACAAUUAAUUGCUAAAGUUCAUACUAAUGUAACAAUGUAUUGUAAAGUUUAGCAUUAAUUAUAAGAUGUUAAAGCUGAACUCCAGCCAAAUGCAUAGUAAACACAUAGAAUGGUCCAUCAUAGCUGCCAAAGCAUCUGAUGGACUCGUUUUGUGAUGUGUAUAUAAUUAUUGUUUUUUUUUUGUUUUUUACUGACUUUGUCUAAAUGUCUAUCUCUUCUUUCUGGAGUUCAACUUUAACUGAGAGGAAAGUGUAUUAUGAUUUGUGUGAAAUUACACUUUUUAAGGGAUUUUCUAGGUUUUCACUGCUUUGUUAAUUGUAAUGCAUUGUUUUAUAUAAACAUUUUGUAGCAUAACUGGGUAAGCUGCAAUUGCUGAGCUUUUCAGAAAAUGUCAGUUGCCUGGCUGUCCUUUUUGUUGCAAUGGCUUUAUUGCAUCCUGAGUCACUGACCUGUAAUGAAUAUGUAUAUUGGGUAUA